UUAUGUGUCUGCAAGGAAUCACUCUGGUCAAGAUAACCUACAGAUAUAUACAAAAGUCUCUCUCAAAAAAGAAUUAAUUUCUUUCAUCAGAGAAGACUUUCAGUAAUAGUCAAUGGUAGAGAAGCUAUAGAGAGUGGUUUGUUUGCUUUUUGGCAGAGUAGGUCAGCUCAAAAACCUCCACACCACCACCACCGGCGGCCACCUCUUAGUUUUUGCUUUCUUGAAAUGCAUAUAGGCUUCCAAGAAAUAAAUUAAAGGCUAAUAAAUUUUGGGUUUUCUCUCUUUUUCUUUUGGGGUGGUUUCUUUUGUUGUGCAUACCCACAUAACAUUGAAUGCCCCGCGAUUUUGUGAGGCAGAAGGAGUAUUGGUACAGCUGACUUUGGCUUGCCCUCUGAGUAAAUGCAUUUGCUGUCCUCUUUUGACUCUUUUUUUUGGGUACCCUUUUAUUGCUUUCCUUUAAUUACACAGCUCCUUCUCUCUCACUAGCUUCUUUUUUCUAUAUAUGCAGACCAAGGCAGCAACCUUGGCCUCGUAUGAUUGCCUAUUCUUUCAAAAAAGAUAAACCCCUUUUUAAAGAGAAGAAAGACUUAAAUUUCAAAGCCUUUGAAAGAAAAGAAAAGGCAAAGAGUGAGAAUAUAUUAUGGGUAGACCUCCUUGCUGUGAUAAGAGUGGAGUCAAGAAAGGUCCAUGGACUCCUGAAGAAGAUAUCAUGUUAGUUUCUUAUAUUCAAGAACAUGGUCCUGGCAAUUGGAGAGCUGUGCCCGCUAAUACAGGGUUGCCUAGAUGCAGCAAGAGUUGCAGGCUUAGAUGGACUAAUUAUCUCAGGCCAGGAAUCAAAAGAGGUAAUUUUACAGAUCAAGAAGAGAAAAUGAUAAUCCACCUACAAGCCCUUUUCGGCAACAGAUGGGCAGCCAUUGCUUCCUAUCUUCCACAAAGAACAGAUAAUGACAUAAAAAAUUAUUGGAAUACCCAUUUGAAGAAAAAGCUAAAAAAGCUGCACACAGCCCGUGAUCAAGAAGCUAAUAAUCACUUCAAAGGAGAUGGGUUAUCACCAUCAUCAAGAUCGUCAUCAUCAACAACAACAUCAAUAAUUUCACAGCAGCCAAUUUCUAGAGGUCAAUGGGAAAGAAGGCUUCAAACUGAUAUUAACACAGCUAGAAAAGCUUUAUAUGAAGCAUUAUCACCAGAAAAACUAACUGAUAACAACAAUAAUCAGUUAAAAUCCACUUGUGCAAAAUCAGCGUCAGCAACUUCUACGACUACUUAUGCUUCCAGCACUGAAAAUAUUGCCAAGUUACUUGAAGGCUGGAUGAGAGAUGGGCCUAAAAUAAAUUCUUCAUCAGCAACUACUCAGAAUUCAAAGUGUAACUUUGAAGAAAGGGAAAAAGAGGGAAAAAAUAAUAAUGAUGGGAUUGAAUUAGAAGAGACAUUUGAAUCACUAUUGAGUGGUUUUGAAUCUUUUGAUCGUUCUUCUUCCAAUUCUGAUUUUGAGUCGCCCAAUGAGGCUGCUAGUAUUUUCCAUGAAGAACAAAAGUCAAAUUCUUAUGCACAAAUGCCACCAUUUUCUCUUCUUGAGAAAUGGCUUUUUGAUGAUUGAGUUAAUACUACAACCCAAGGAAAGGAUUAUCUUAGUGAAGUUAAAUUAGAAUUAGAUGAAAAUAAUCUUUUUUAGAGGGAUUAACUUUUUAUUAAUAUGUUUAAUUGUUGGGGGUUUUUUUUUUUUUUCGGGGAAUUUGAUCUAGAUUAAUAUGCCGCUAAUUAUUUUUCUUGCUGAAGGGGAAAAUUUUUUUUUUAUUAUUGGGUUAUUUUGGAGACCUUUAGCUAGUAAUCUAUAUAUCGGUGCUUUAGGUCUUUAGCUAUAAAACGUUCUCAAUCCCCUUGAGUGCUGAAUACAGAAAGUGUAGAUUUUAAUUUAUUAUCAUGUGAUAUGAUUUCUUUUCAUGGGAAUAAAUUUCUAGCGAUUCAUUUUUUUUUA